AUGGUUGCCUCCUGCGGAAACAUUUCCCUUGGGUCUGAGGCCGAAAAGACCGAAGGAUCCGUGACCACACUCUCUUCCGACGGAUCCGCCGUGCCUACGGAACCCUACCCAACCGCCACCACCAUGGACGAGACUUCUUUGGUCUUGACUGAUGUGCCCAUCACUCCUGUGGCCCGAUUGAGAGCUUCGACGAAUGUGCAAUCUACCGGGGAUGCCACGUCUCUGUUCAUUGCUCCCAUUCUCUUACAAUUAACCGAGCAUUCUCCUGAUGAUAUUACUUCCAUAAUGUCGGGAUAA